UAGGGGCGAGGGGUGUGCUUAGGCACUGUUUGGGGGAGGAGAACGAGGAGUGAGGGAUGGGAUGGGCGGGGGCAUAAGUGGAAGGCACGCGAAGAAUCACUGAGCCGCGGGGCGGAGGAGGUGAAGCGUGGUCUUAGCCUCAGGGCCCAGAGGUCGUGGAGCAGCGGCGGCAGCGGCUGGAGCAGGAGCAGCAACAGUGAGCCGGACGGAGUUAGGACCGCUCGGAGCGCUCAGGUCUCGAGGUAGUAUAAGGUUUGCAAUCCUCUCACUUGCUGCCAGUUGCAGAAGAAGAUCUGCUUUUAAGUGAAACGUACAUGCCACCCCUCCGAGGGCUGCGGCUUCCCCGGGCUCGCGUCUUUCACUCUCGCUUCUCCAGCCCUGGCGCGCACUCUUUCAUUUGCACGCGCCCCUAAGUUUGCCCAGAGCUCGCUGUCCGCUCCGAGCAGGGUCCGGCCGGGCGCCGCGGGCGGGGGCGGGGAGCCGAGGAACCGCAAUCCAGAAGCAUCGUGGGCCAUGUAUAUUUCAUCAAAUGGACUUUGGGUGCGUCGCGUCUCGCAGCCAUCUCCGCUAUGUGCAGUGACAUUUCUGACUUGAGUGGAGGAAUGCGCGAAGGAAGCCCGGGCGAAAUUGGUUCUAGUGGAUCUUCUUGGCGCCAAUGCUAAUUGUCCUGAUUUAUGUCCCUUCUGACUAAGCUCAACGUCUUCAUCUAAAAUAAAAUGAAAGCUGUGCCAAGCGGGGUAGAACCGCCGGGCCGCUGGUUCUGAUCCCCGGGAAUCAGGAAAUCGUCCUGCAGCUUAACAAAUUAAAAAGAGAGAGAGAGAGAGAAAGAGAGAGAGACAAAAUAGAAAUAGAAAAAAAAAUCCCUCCGUAAAAGUUUAAGGCGAGAAGUGGCAAGGCAGUGGCGCGACGAGGCGCGGAGGAGAGCCGGCAAGCGGGAGACUGGGCUGGCCAGACCUCCCGAAGGCUGCGAUUUCGUUAUUAGUAUCACUAGAUUUUUGGAGGGAGAGGCACCUUUCUCAUCCUCGCUUCCUCUCCGCCCACCCUGUUCCCUCCCCCUCAUCUACCUGUCAAAGUCACUGAUCUUUUGCAUUUCGGAAGAGGAAGUCAACGGGAAGGAAUUUCCCCUCUCCGCGAGGGCUUCGACAGAGGGCAACGCGCAGGAGCCCCCCUGGCCCCCCCGGAUCCCAAGGCGAAGGGUGUUGGUGCCGGAAGAAAAGAAUGAUUGAUGGGAAACAGACACCGGGCUAGAGACACUCAUCCUUUUGCUUUGGAUGCUGACAUCUCAGUGCGUCUGAGCAGCCCUUGUGAGCCGUGAGCAUCGGGGAUCUCCCAGCCUUGUCGGAUGUACAAGAGAUCCACCACUUUCAGCGAUUGGACAUCUUUUACAAAAACCAAACUUGACCCAAGCCUAAUAUGUUCUAGGACAAUGGAAAACCUGCAAGUUGCUGUUGAUGCCUAACGCACAAGUAUGUUAGCCUUUCACCAAAGUCCUCAGUAUCCCUGAACACACACAAUAUCUCAACCCUUCACUUUUAGUGUGUUUUGGAAUCUACUUUGAGGUCUCAUCUUUUUUUUUUUUUUUUAAAUAUACAGACCUACCUACUUAAAGAUAUAUAUGUAUAUGUAAAAUAGACGUAGACCACAGAUAAGCAAACCCUGCUUUAGUUACCACGAAGACUGCCAAGAAUUUAGAGAUGUAUUUGUCCAGAUUCUUGUCAAUUCACGCCCUUUGGGUUACAGUGUCCUCAGUGAUGCAGCCCUACCCUCUGGUGUGGGGACAUUAUGACGUGUGUAAGACUCAGAUUUACACAGAAGAGGGGAAAGUUUGGGAUUACAUGGCCUGUCAGCCGGAAUCCACGGACAUGACAAAAUACCUGAAAGUGAAGCUGGAUCCUCCAGACAUUACCUGUGGAGACCCUCCUGAGACAUUCUGUGCAAUGGGCAACCCCUACAUGUGCAAUAAUGAGUGUGAUGCAAGUACCCCUGAGUUGGCACAUCCCCCUGAGCUGAUGUUUGAUUUUGAAGGAAGACAUCCCUCCACAUUUUGGCAGUCUGCUACUUGGAAAGACUAUCCCAAGCCUCUUCAGGUUAACAUUACUCUGUCUUGGAGCAAAACCAUUGAGCUCACAGACAACAUAGUUAUCACCUUUGAAUCGGGGCGUCCAGACCAAAUGAUCCUGGAGAAAUCUCUCGAUUAUGGACGAACAUGGCAGCCCUAUCAGUAUUAUGCCACAGACUGCUUGGAUGCUUUUCACAUGGACCCUAAAUCCGUGAAGGAUUUAUCACAGCAUACGGUCUUAGAAAUCAUUUGCACCGAAGAGUACUCCACAGGGUAUAUGACAAAUAGCAAGAUAAUCCACUUUGAAAUCAAAGACAGGUUCGCAUUUUUUGCUGGACCAUGGCUACGCAAUAUGGCUUCCCUCUAUGGACAGCUGGAUACCACCAAGAAACUCAGAGAUUUCUUUACAGUCACAGACCUGAGGAUAAGGCUUUUGAGACCAGCCGUCGGGGAAAUAUUUGUAGAUGAGCUACACUUGGCACGCUACUUCUAUGCGAUCUCAGACAUAAAGGUGCAUGGAAGGUGCAAAUGUAAUCUCCAUGCCACUGUGUGUGUAUAUGACAACAGCAAAUUGACCUGUGAAUGUGAGCACAACACUACAGGUCCAGACUGUGGGAAAUGCAAGAAGAAUUAUCAGGGCCGACCUUGGAGCCCAGGCUCGUAUCUCCCCAUCCCCAAAGGCACUGCAAAUACCUGUAUCCCCAGUAUUUCCAGUAUUGGUAAUUGUGAAUGCUUCGGCCACUCCAAUCGAUGCAGUUAUAUCGAUCUGCUAAAUACAGUCAUUUGCGUGAGCUGUAAACACAACACUAGAGGGCAGCACUGUGAGUUAUGCAGGCUGGGCUACUUCAGAAAUGCUUCUGCACAGCUGGACGAUGAGAAUGUGUGCAUAGAGUGUUAUUGUAACCCUUUGGGCUCAGUCCAUGAUCGUUGUAAUGGCUCAGGAUUUUGUGAGUGUAAGACUGGAACGACAGGGCCUAAGUGUGAUGAGUGUCUGCCGGGAAAUUCCUGGCACUACGGCUGUCAACCGAAUGUCUGCGACAACGAGCUCCUGCACUGCCAGAACGGAGGGACGUGUCACAACAACGUGCGCUGCUUGUGCCCGGCCGCCUACACGGGCAUCCUGUGCGAGAAGCUGCGGUGCGAGGAGGCUGGCAGCUGCAGCUCCGACUCCGGCCAGGGGUCGUCCCCGCAGGGCCACCCGACGCUGCUGCUGCUGACCGCUCUGCUGGUGACAGCCAGCCCCCUGGUGUUCUAGGAGGGGCGUCCAGCCACCAGACGGGCCUGUGCAGUGGGGAAGCAAACCCAACCCAAGCAUUUGCUACUAACAUAGGAAACACACACUCAGACACCCCCACUCAAACACAGUGUACAAACUAAGAAGGCCUGACUGAACUAAGCCAUAUUUAUCAGCCGUGGACAGCACAUCCGAGUCAAGACUGUUAAUUUCUGACUCCAGAGGAGUUGGCAGCUGUUGACAUUAUCACUGCAGAUCACAUUGCCAGCUGCAGAACUCAUUGCCGAUUGGAAAGGCUGGGACAGCCCCCCAAACAGGAAAGACAAACCAAACAAACAAACAAAAAAAUAACACAUCAAGCAACCUAAAAACAUUUGCUACUCUCACGUGGUGCGCCCCAGUACCACUUGGCCCUGUGCCGUGGACCAACCAAAUAGGAGUGUUCUUUGCUGGCAGUGCAUUGUGGGUAUAAAGACACCAGUUAUAAGCUGCCAUAUUGGCCUGCUUCAGUCCCUGAAUCCCUUCCAACCUGUGCUUUAGUGAACGUUGCUCUGUAACCCUUGUUGGUUGAAAGGUUUCUUUGUCUGAUGUUAGUAAUGCACAUGUGUAACAGCCCCCUCCAGAAGCUCCAGCCAGUCAUACCCUGUAUAUCUUUGCAGCACUGGGUCAUCCCAGUGCGAGCACACAUCCACUGUCCAAGAGUGGCGAGAGGGAAAAAAGAAAGUGUAUCUAUCCUUUUGUAUUCAAAUGAAGUUAUUUUUCUUGAAAUACUGUAAUAUGUAGAUUUUUUGUAUUCUUGCCAAUUUGUGUUACCAGACAAUCUGUUCAUGUAUCUAAUUCGAAUCAGCAAAGACUGACAAUUUACUUUGUCCUCUUUCGUUCUGUUUUGUUUCAUUGCUCAGAGAUUUCUCUGUAAGGGCAACGAACGCUGGCAUCAAAGAAUAUCAGUUUACAUAUAUAACAAGUGUAAUAAGAUUCCACCAAAGGACAUUCUAAGUAUUUUCUUGUUGCUUUAACACUGGAAGAUUUAAAGAAUAAAAAUUCCUGCAUAAAUGA